AUGCAGCGCUCGUGGGGGUCGGAAGAGGAGGACUGCGGGGGCUGCACUGGAGAGUUGGAGGAGAUAUUGGGGGGUUCGACGACUCUGACGAAAUGGGCAGCAAAGACAGAGGCUUUGGUGCUGCAGCAGCGCAGCAGCAGCAAAGCGCAGGGCCGGCGGCUGCUGCUGGGGCUGGGGGUGUUUGUGUUGCUGGUGGUGGGGUCGUUGCUGCGGCUGCAGGCGCAGCUGGCGCGCGCGCGCGCGCAGCAGCAGCAGCAGCAGCAGCAGCUGCUGCUGCUGCUGCAGCAGCCCACUGCAGCAGAACUGCAGCAAGUCAACGCCCUCCUCAAGCAGCUCAAACUGGCCCUCCCCGACGCCACCCGCCUCGCCGAGGCUGUACGUACACCCGAAUCCAUGGACCUCGUCAUGAGAAUUGCUGCUCAAGUUUUAAAUGCUUCUUCAAUUCGUCGAGAAUUAAAAAAAGCUCCAGUUCUAAACAAACCCCGACUCAUUGCAAACUUGACUCUCUACGCUGAGGAAACUCUCAAGGCUUUGGCCCGCCUCCGCGCAAUUGCUGCUGCUGCUGCACACGCAAAAGCAGCAGAAAUUAUCAACGACGAGCCCCAGGGGCCCCCGGGGGGGCCCCCGGGGGGCCCCCCGGGGGGCCCCCCGGGGGGCCCCCUGCCGGGGGCUCCGGAGGGCCCCCCGGGGCCGCGGGGGGACCCCGAGGGGGCCCCCGAGGGAGCGCCCGAGGGGCCCCCGGGGACCCCGGCGCCCGAGGGGGCCCCCGAGGGGGCCCCCGAGGGGGCCCCCGAGGGGGCCCCCGGGGGGGCCCCCGAGGGGCCCCCUGGGGCCCCCGGGCCGGAGGGGGGCCCCCCGGGGGCCCCGGGGGGCCUGUCGGAGGGCGCGAAGAGGGCACUGGUUCGGGCGUUGGGGGAGGAGUUUGGGGAGUGCGUUUUGGGGAGUUUGGAGAGUCUGGAGAGUUUCAAAAAAGAAAUGAAAAGAAGGGCCCUUGCUGCCCAUCUUAGCCUCCAAAAGGGGGCCCCCCUGAGUCUAGAAAGUGCGCAAAAAGUUGUGGGGUCUGCCUUUUACGACUUUGCGCGUUUGAAGCGCGCGGUGUCUGCGUGGGGCCAGGCCGGCCGGGUGUACGUACACCUGGCGGGCCCCGCGCUGCAGCAGCUGCGCGCGCAAGUGCUGCAGCAAAGUCUUCAGUCGCGUUUGUCUUUAAUUCGUUUUUUCAAGUUCCAAGAUGUUUUGCUUUUUCUUUACAAACAACACUUCGCUUUUCUCAGAACAAGGGGGCCCCCCGCCCUCGCCCACGCCGACCAACUCUUAAAUGCCACUGAGACCCUUUUCAGGGCCCACGACGGGCUGCUCGCCACUUUGCUGCCGGGGGGCCCCUUCGGGGGGCCCCCCGGGGGCCCCGGGGGCCCCGGGGGCCCCGGGGGGGCCCCCCUGCUGGGGGCCCUGGAGAACGCUGCUGCUGCAGCGCAGCAGCUGCAGCAGCAGCGCGGGGAAAUUGCGGGGCUGCUGCGGCGGAGCCACCGCGAGCUGCAGGCAGUUGUUGCUGCUGCACCUCAUGUGCUGCGGAGGGAAUUUCGAGAAGUUCAUUUGACUUUUGUUGCAUUUGCUGAAGAAGCAAAUGAUGUUUUUCAAGAACUUGUUGCGGGGCUGCACCGCGCGCUCGCCGCCCACAGCAGCAGCAGCAGCAGCAGCAGCAGCAGCAGCAGCAGCAGAAGCAGCGCGCUGCGGCGGCGCCGCCUGCUGCUGCAGCAGCCGCCGCGGCUCCCCCAGCUAAAGGAGGAGGACGAGGAGCAGGAGGAGCAGCAGGAGCAGCAGGAAGGACAGCAGCAGCAGCACGGAGACGCGCAGCAACAGCACAGCAGCACCCAGCAGCAGCAGCACGAAGACCAGCAGCAGCAGCAGCAGCAGCAGCAGCAGCAGCAGCAGGACAGCAGCGUUUCGCAGGCCUUUGCUGCUCUGGAAGAGAUAGAGAACCGCCGGGACUUGGCCCUAAUGCUGAUGGCGCAGCUGGGGAGAAAAAGGGAUUUGGAAGAGCUGCAGCGAACAGCAGCAGCAAUAGAGGAGCAGCUGGCAGCAGCAGCAGCAGCAGCAGCAGAAGCAGAGCGGCAGCUGCUGGGCAGCAGCUGGCUGCAGCUGCUGCAGCAAGACAUCCGCAGCAGCAGCAAAACCUUCACCCGAAUCCGCAGAGAAGGUCUUUCCUUCUCUCCAGCCCCCCCGCUGCUGCAGGCCGAAAUGGAAGCAGCACAAAGUGCAGCAGCAGCAGCAACUACCUUCCCCGAAGCAGCAGCAGCAGCAAACGCCCUCAGGCAACUCGUGCUGCAGCUCGAGGCAGCCGCUGACCAACACAGAGAGGAGCAGCAGCUGCUGCAGCAGGAGCAGCAGCAGAUGCUGCAGCAGGAGCAGCAGCGGCUGCUGCAGGAAGAGAUGCAGCACGAAGAGCAGGACCAGGACCAGUACGAUUCGCAGCAGCAGGAAGAUGACGAGCAGCAGCAGCAGCAGGAACUGCAGCAAACGCAGCAGCAGGAAUUGCCGCAAGUGCAGCAGCAGGACCAGCCGCAGCCGCAGGAGCAGCAGCAGCCGCAGCAGCAGCAGGAACAGCAGCAGUAG